GCAAUUGGCACACGAUAUGAAAGUGAGGUUAUUAUGUGACGUCAGAAGUGGUACAUUAUUGCCAUAGAUAACAAGUCAUAUUGUACACCUAGACUUUUCUCCGGUGCCAGUGCAUGUCAUGUGCGAGUAAAAGUCAGCAGGGAUCGGUGUAUGAAUAGCUUAUCCGUGGAUAAGCGGUAGUCGGUGGUGGCGGCGUUGAAACUUUCAAGUUGAAAGCGUAAAAGGGCAGGAGCUAAAUUAUCGUUGUAAAGAGAUUCAGUUGCAUUGCAUCAUCAUCACUUCAGCCAGUUGGUUCACUCGAGAUUUGCACGACUAGCACACGAGCAGAUUUCACAUUCCAAUUCGACAACGCUGAUACAAAACUUGACAGUAUAUUUCGAAAAUAUAAGAACUACUGAACUACAUAGUCAAAAAUGAAAUUUUGGACAUCAGAACACACCUUCAGUCAUCCAUGGGACAAAGUCGUUCAAGCAGCCUGGAGAAAGUACCCCAAUCCUAUGAACCCAUCUGUAACUGCAAUUGAUGUUUUGGACCGUAGAAUAGACGAUCAGGGGGUUAUGCACACGCAGAGACUUCUUAGCAGCGGAACCAAUCGGUGGGGUAUUCCUGUAUGGGUUCAGUCGAUCGUGGGAUCGCCUCAUGUUAUGUAUGCAAACGAACAUAGUUCUGUUGACCCUAGAAAACAGACAAUGGUGCUGAAGUCUAGAAAUAUUACCUUUGGUAACUUUAUCGCAGUAGAUGAACAAUUGGUGUACUCGCCGCAUCCAGAAAAUUCAAGUCAUACACUAUUACGACAGGAAGCUGUUGUUCUAGUUCAAGGUGUACCUCUUAGUAGUUAUAUGGAGUCUUUACUAACCAGUACAAUUAGUUCCAAUGCAACAAAGGGAAGACUAGCAAUAGAAUGGGUUAUUCAAAAAAUCAACGAUGAGAUUAAAGACUUGUCUACUUCGACUGUUAGUGCUAUAAAGAGUACAGAUGAAUUUAUCAAUAGUACUAAAAGAUCAAUUGACGACAUUGCGCAUACAGCAAAAAAAUCCAUGGAUGAUUUGUCUACUGCUGCAAAGAAAUCUCUUGAUGACUUUUUGCCAACUUCAGCCCCUCAGACUCCUCCAUCAAUGCCACUGCCCAAGUUUUAACAUGUAUCACCCGUAGUGUAUCAAUUCAAUUAACUUGACCUACCUAUAAUCUGUAACAGAAUCAGACAUCAUAUUGUCCAAAAUUAAAACAAAAAAUAAUACAUCAAAAAUUUUGCUUGAAACGGUGAAUAUUUUUUCACAAAA